AUUUGUAUGUUGUGCCCUAUUUUUCAGGUUAUAGCAAUGUACUUUGUAAUACUAAAUUUUAACUCCUUAAUUCUCAUUCGGUUUACUCCAAAGUGUUGAUGCUCUACUCUAAUUAAAUCGCAAAUGGAUGAAGAAAACAACGAACGAACUUGGAAAAGUUCAAUUCACCUUGAAAAAAUACAAAGUACUUGCGCAAAACAAUUUAAGGUGUUUUCAGAAGCAUGCGCAAAAUCGUUAAUGAACCAUAGCUUUCUUUCCAUUGCUCUGCCAUGCAUAAUUAGCAUUGCGUUUGGACUUGUGCACGUAACAUCACAACCUAAUGAUACCAAAGACGUAAUUAACGUCAAACGAAUGUUUUUACCACACGAUGAUGAAUAUGAUUCGAUCCAAGGCUUUGAAACGAAAUGGUUCGGGGACACUUGGAACGCAUUGGGUUCAAGCAAACACGCUGGCCACCUAAUUCUUGAAUCAAAAAACAAAGGAGAUAUUUUGAGUCGAGAAUCGGUUGAUGACGUCAUCAAGCUUCAUAAUUACGUCAUGACGUUUACCACGCUGGAUCCAAAAGAUAAUUCAACAACGUCAUACCGAUCGGUUUGUAUUAAAGACGACAAGCGACGUCUCGGAAACGAAACUUCUUGCCAGAUUGAUCCGCUGUUAAAAAUUAUGCUGCAAUGGCACACCGACAACAGCCCUUUAGUUUUCCGCGUAAGAACCGAUGAAAAGACUGGCGUUUCGUCGCCACUUUGGACAUAUCCAAAAGGGCGUUCGAUCAAGCCAGGGGAUCAGGAAACAAAUAACGCUUCAAAGAGGGAAGUUUUUCUUUCUCGAAAUAUUGGUUUGUUGGACAAAGACUCCUCUUCAGCACGAACGUUACAUCUCAGUUAUUUGCUGAAAGAACCACAGAACCAGGAUGAUGCAAAACACAUUUCUCAGUGGCUUGGUCUCUUCUUCAAAGAGAUGGAAAAAUACGUCAGUGAUCACUUCACUGUUCUUGUUGAGACAUCGGAAAGCAUAAACAAUAACUGGAUUGACUUGGUUCAAUUAAAAGCCCCACAUGUGGUUUAUUUCUGUGUCAUCAAUUUCUUUCUCGUCUCCAUUUAUUCCGCCACCUUGGGGGAUUUUAUUUGUGGUGCUUACUUAGGGAUCUGCAGUGUAUGCUCUCUCUUUAUGACAAUCGUGUGCACAGUUUCCAUUCAUAACUUAAUAUACGGGAACCCAUACUUCAAUUUUGUGCAAUGCGUGCUCCUAAUUGCAGUUUCACAUGCAUUAUUCCAUGCUCGAUUUGUAAAAUACUUUAUCGAAUCCUUGAGAAAGUUGAACACUCAACAAGAAUGUGAUGAAAUAACAGAAAGGAAAAUUUUCACUGAGGUUUACCAUCUAACUCUAAGCUGGAAUGUUGUUUUUCUGGUGGUGUUUCUUGUUUCAUUCAGUGCAUCCUGCAUACCCCCUGAUGUAUUAUCAUCUAUACACCAUAUGUCUGUAACAUUAUGCAUAGGUUUUUUGAUUAGUUUUUCAUACCACGCAACUUUCUUUCCAACUUGUGCUCGAGUUUAUCAAACUAUGAUACGAGAAGGAGUUGAAUCGAUCCGUGCACGUAGAAUAUCGAACAUGAAAUAUGGGAUGAUGGAAUUUCCAAGCGAUGGUUCUUCUCACGGGCAUCAAUCUAUCAGAAGACAUCAUGGCAGGCCAAAAAUAACAAGAGAGCGAACUUCAAAAACCAAAAAAUGUAAAAAAAUGUUCAGAUCGUGGUUGGAGUCUUAUUUUAAUGGAGUUGUAUCGACGUACAUGCGACCAUUGACCGUUUUAUUUUAUCUCACUUAUCUAUCUUUCUGUUAUGUUGGUUGCAUUCACUUUUCAGAAGGCAUGUCUCCAUUUAAACUUCUGCCUAUGAAGAGCAUUGACUUGAAAUGUUUGCAAAAAGUUGAUGAAGAUUUUGAACCUUUUACUCCUCGCUUUGUGGUGAUGGGGAGGGUGAAUGGUGAUCCCUGGGACGAGGAUGUGAGUAAUCAUCUCCAUCAGAUCCACAACCAGAUAGUUGAAACUGAUGUCAUUGAUGAAGCUAGCUCUGAUAAUUGGUUCCUGGAUUUAUUAAGUUUUUCUGAGAAGAUAAAAGAAGAAGAAAAUCAAGCUUAUGGUUCGCAUCAAAGUCGAAUGAGAGGACCUGAGUUAUUUAUUGAUCCAUCAAGUUAUGCUGUACCAGGACUCAACGAACCAGAGGUUCCAAUUAUCAUUGACGACUGGACAUCUCUAUGGGCAAAUUACACAAUGAGUGAACGAUACAGAGAAAGACUUGGCGUGGAUAUCUUAUUUUCGAGAAACGAUUCCACGAAAAAGAGUUUUAUUUUUAGGUGGAUUUACCAAACACGAAAUUUAAAAUUUCACGAAACAAAAAAGGAAUUUAUAGAAAACUUAAAAAAUAUCAAGAAAAUGUAAAUUUGGAUAAAUUUUCUCAGAUUUAUUUUUAUGCUCCUGAAUUUCGCUGGUCAAGCAAUUUAACUAACUUUACCAAACCAACAGAAUCUGUGUUUGCUCUUGUUUUGGUUGCAAUUUGUAUCUGCAUGGUUCUGCUGAAGAUGUACGUCUCUAUAAUAUGGCUUAUUUUCACAAGUUUAUCAAUUUGCUUUGGAUUGUGUGGUCUCCUUAGUUUCUACAGCAUUGAACUCGACUCUUUUAUAUUUCCAUGUAUUUUGUUCGUUCUGCCUUUCUCAUCAGUUCUAACUUUCAGUCUUUUUAAAACUUUUGCAGAAGGAAAAAAUGUUGGCCGUUCAAAAUGCGCACGAAUCAAUUUAAAAGAAACUUCAUCUCAUGGUGUCUUCUGUCUGGCCACGUUACUUGUUUACUCCAUUAUCCUAGCAUUUGAUCCUUCAUAUUCGUUUCACAAUCCACUCUUCGCUCUUCUACUUCUCAUCCUGAUAUCCUCCCUCCAUUUUUUCUUUUUCAUCCCAGUUCUUCUCACCAUCUUCCCUCCUUCGAAGAAGAUUUCCAACAGUCUUCCUCAAAAGAGCAAAAAUGCAAAAACUGGAAAAUCUAAAAGAGAAGCAUUUCAGCAGCGCCCUCAUCUCCACGCCAGAAGAUUCUUUUACGAUUCGCAACGAGCUGCGAGCUUUAGAUCAGAGGAGGAAGACGGAAGAAUCGAACACAUCACUUGCCUUUGAUGCUUACAUAGUUAUGAAAAUACGGUUAUUGAUGACAUUUUUAUUGUUAAACAAGUUUAGUUAUUUGGAUAAUUGAUUGUAACUUGUUUAUUCUCGCGUGGCCAGAAAACGAAGUGUUAACCGUAGUCUAAUGGGUUCAACCAAUGUAAUUUAAAAAAACAUUUUUUAUAAUGUGUUAACUACAAUUUUUAUAUUUUACUAGUGUUUUAAAUGAAUUUUAAAAUUCUAAAAGUGUAAAUAAGUUUUCUGCUUUUUGAUAUAUUAUAACGGCAAAAGCAAAGUAGUUUUAUCGUAAAAUAAAUUCCUAAAUCCC